AUGGCGGGGAAGCUCUACCAGCUCAUGGCCAGGCUGCACCUGGCCAAGGGACGGGCGUCGGCGGACGUGCCCAAGGGCCACUUCGCGGUCUACGUCGGCGAGCAGCGGAAGCGGUUCGUCAUCCCGACGGCGUACCUGAGGCACCCGUCCUUCCUCGUGCUGCUCAAGCGGGUGGAGGACGAGUUCGGCUUCGACCACCGCACCGGCGGCGGCCUCACCAUCCCCUGCUCAGAGGGCGACUUCGCCGACAUCGUCGGUGGCUGCUCAUCCUCCUCCUCCCCGGCGGUGGAUUACCACUAG